AUGGAAUUAUCCCUUCUUCUUCCCGACAGCAUCGGUUUCCACAUUGUCUGGAUUUUGCUAUUCACGCUGCUGCCCUCGUGUCUUGUGCAGUGUGGAGAAGACGAGUUGCUCAGGUGCCCCAGUAUAGGUGAACUUUUGCACGACUUUCUUGGACGGGAUGACAUUGUUAUCAUACAGGCGGGCCUGCAGAAUCCCGCAAAUCAACAGCUCAUCGUCACGGGUCAGGAAAGGGUUUCGAGGUCCACCUCGGUGGGUGUGGUGCAUAUUCGUGUCAACGGCCUUCUCGGGCAGCCUGGAAACCAUACCGGCGGCCAUAAAGCAUUUAACUUUUCAUCCUGUCCUCAGAAAGUGAUCAGCCUCGUCGGAAUACGACCUCGACGUGGAGAUCCAAUGGCCUGUUUGCCGGAUUUGACGCGAUCGGGAAAAGAGUAUGUCUGGCUUCUGCAUAAUAGUCCGGUGGACAAUGCGACCAGCUGCCGAUACCGAGCUGUUCCUGGGGGCGUAUUUGCUCUGGAAAGAUUCUACAAUGAAUUGAGACCUUCACGCGGAAGACAGGAUGUUCGCAAACCAGGUUGA